AUGAUAGCCCGUACACUCAUAACGGCCAUACUGAAAGGCGAGGAGUCGUUAGCCAAAAACAGCAUACAGGGUAAGCAUGGCGGAAUUAGCGAGUACCAGACGAUGAAAAUCAUGAUAGACAAAGCACUGUUUAUUUGCUGCAGUCGCGGUUACUUAGAGUUGUCUCGGCUACUGUUGGACAAGGGCGCAAAUGUCGCCACCAGAGACAAGAACCUAGCAACGCCGCUGCACGGAGCUGCGGAUAAUGGUUAUGUGGAACUAGUAAGGCUUCUUAUUCAUCAUGGAGCAGAUGUCAACGCUCAAACGUGUCGUGGGGACACACCACUCCAUCUGGCUUCAUACAGAGGACACGGAAAGAUCACACGGUGCUUGAUGGAAGCCGGGGCCGACUGUCGACUGGUUAACAUCAAAUUCUUCACGGCUGAAAAUGAGGCAGUCGUUCAAGGUCACACAGAUGUGGUAUCUCUUUUGAGAACAAAGAAAAAAGGUGAGAAUCCACCCGUUAAGAAACAAAUCACGCAGUUUGCUACGGGAACACGAAAGCAAGGCUUUUUCUGA